CGCAAAACCACCUCCAGAAGCACAACCCCGUCACCUCUCCUGCUCCAGACAAGACAUAUUGAGUCAACAUGGUUCUCGCGGUCGACCUCCUCAACCCCCAGCCUCAGUCGGAGGCUCGCAAGCACAAGCUCAAGACCCUCGUGCCUGCUCCACGAUCCUUCUUCAUGGACGUCAAGUGCCCCGGCUGCUUCACAAUCACCACAGUCUUCUCCCAUGCCCAGACAGUCGUCAUCUGUGCCGGAUGCUCCACCGUCCUUUGCCAACCCACCGGCGGUAAGGCCAGAUUGACGGAGGGAUGCUCAUUCAGGAGGAAGUAGAGGACGAAUUUAACGCCAAUUCAAAAAAUGUGUUAAAAAAACGGGAUAUGAAAAAAGAUCAACAAUGGAACGUGUCAUAAAUAGCUUUUUUUACGACGAACAAGGCAAACCGCCCGCAGACCUCA